CGUAAGAGAAGGAGCUUCUUCUGGAACUGGAGAAGAAGGCACCACCUCUCUUCUGAGGCAAUCUUACCCGUCCCUUUCUCAUUCCACCACCCCAGGCCUAAAGCAGGUGAUCUGAUAAGAUGUGGUAGUUUUAAGCACUCUGUUGAGAAAAGAACGCUCAACCGGUCAGUAACCAGAGGACUCCUACAGAUAUAGCAGCACCGUGGUGUCUUCAGAGACACCUUAAGCUACACAUUAUCACACACACUUUGAGUCACUUUGCAGAAGAUUCAGAAUGUCUGAUUCCACGUCCAUUAUGGAGUUUAGCGGGACGCAUCAAGCUUUCCGAGACCGCUGGGCAAAGACGGAUGAUGAGAUGUGCAAGCACAGUAUGUCUUUCCACUUGCACAAUACUCUGAGGAAGGAGUUCUUCGCCAGCUACCUGUACCUCCUGGAGCAGAUUCCUCUGGUGAAACUCUAUGCCGUGACUUGUGAGUACAUUAAAGGGGAGAAGCAGUUUUACUACAGGGCACAGAACUUCUACAAGGAUGUCCCGGCAUCAGAGGAGGGCAUGAUGGGAGAUUUUGUGGAGAUAUCAGAGAUCGACCUUGAAGGCUCAAGACAGUUCCUGAAAAAGUUUGUUGGUCCAGGAAAGGCUGGCACCAAGCGGGCACUAGACUGCGGCUGUGGAAUCGGGAGGGUGUCUAAAGGAGUUCUGUUUCCUGUGUUUGAAUCCAUGGAGAUGCUUGACAUGAUGGAAGAGUUCAUCCUCCACGCUCAUGAGGUUUACCUCGGAGAUUACGCAGACCGAGUGGAGGCCUACUACCUUUACAAUCUGCAGGAAUUCAGCCCACUUACAAAGAGAUACGAUGUCAUCUGGCUGCAGUGGGUUGCCUGUCAUCUUACUGAUAAGGACCUGAUGGAGUUUUUAAUGCGUGCUAAGCAGAGCCUGAGGCCCAACGGUGUGAUCUUCAUUAAGGAUAACAUGGCGCGGCAGGGAUGCAAGCUGGACCCCAUUGACAGCAGCAUCAUUCGCCACCUGGACAUCAUGAAGAACAUCAUUCAGACAGCAGGCCUCACCAUACUGGACGUGGAAAAGCAGGAAGGCUUUCCUGAGGCCAUUGUGCCUGUAUGGAUGAUCGCCAUGCACUGAAGGAAAGACUUGGGUUAGAAGCAGAGAAUUUUUUUAGAGGAAUGUGUUGUACAUGCACUUAUGUAUAGUAUAUAUUAUAAAUGCAUACAAUUUUUUUUUUUAAAUUCCA